ACAUGGUUUUAAAUUUCAAUUGUUACUAAAAAAAAAUUAGAGUUGUAUUAUACUUAUUACUUUAUAUUAAAUUAUGUCAAUCGUAAAAAAAAAUCUGUGGUGUAUAAGGAUUUUCUCCGGUCUUACUUAAUUUUCAAAUGUCACCAAACCUCAUAGUACAUCGCCUAAGUCACGACGAAUGUCUUCUAGCGAGGUCUGCAACUCAACAACUUUCAAGCAUGAAACUGAGAGAAGGAACAACGAACCAUUCGACGAUAGUUCUACGCGAGUGUUCGUCUUCAAAGAAGUCUCAAGCCUGGAUGAAGACGAAUCGUGUAACUUAGGGAGAAGGAGUUCUUGGUGUAGUGAUAAUGGACUGGUAAAGAAGAUAAAGCUAUCAGAAGACGGCACUGCUUUGGUUUCUGAAUCAUUUGAAAAAUUUUGUGAGACUCACAAGAAGGUGCGACAGAACGACGAACGUCCCUAUUCGUCCGACAGCCGUAAGGUUUCCAAACCCCACCUCCAGCCGACAGCCGAACGAGGACUCAAAAAACAGCCAAGGCCAAUGACGGCCAGCAAAUUGUCGGAUAUUGCAGUCAACAAAUACCCAGACUCCAUCUUCAAAGUCUACAUCCCUGAAGGAAACAGAUUCAUCAAGAAGAAGAGGGUCGUUCCCCUGGCCGAUUUGAAGCCAGUGACUCCAGUGAGGACUGGCCCUGCUUCCAAAUGCUUGACAGAACAGGGGAAAGUCCGCAACGAGAAUACCCUCAAUACGCGGACAGCCGCCAUCCCAUUGAAAACUAAAAACUCAAUUCAGCAUCAGGAGUUACAGAACACUGACAAGAGUCUCCAGAAAGCAGCGGGGGAAACUACCAAAAAUAAAGCCAGCAAAUCGGGCUUGUCAGGCCAGGUUCCAAAGAAGAUGACGCAUAUAACCGACAUUUCCUUAACGAAAGAGCAGGAAAAAAAGAGGAUGAAAGAAAGGGAGAUAAUGAGGAAGAGGACAAUGGACGUAGUGAAAAUUGCGUUUCCUGUAACAGGGAACGAAGAAACGAAGCAAAACGAAUCAGGAGGCAACAGCAACGAUUCAGAAAUGAGUGAUGACGAAAACACUAAGCAGAAGAUUCCUUCAAAAAGCAAGUCUUCUUUAAAAUCACACUCUUCGGCAACAUCCUGUGAGCAUACAGUGACUGGGAAAAGAUCGGUCACGUGGGGUGAAAAUGAAUGGUCCGACUCUCCGAGUCAGCGCCAUGAUGAGCGGUGUAUUCAAAGGAAAAAAAAGACUGCUCACAAUCACAAUUCAAGUUGCGCCCACAUUCGCAGAACUGAUUUAAAAAACAAUAGUAACUCAAAACAGCUAUGCGGCUCUAGAAGUACCAUUAAGUCUUUCAAAGGAACGACAGCUAACUUGAACAAUAGAGAAAAGAAAAAAUAUUUCAGGGCUAGAACGCUAAGCGAAUCACACGAGCCUCCUGAUAAAAACGAAAGCAAACCUAUCAAGAAAAGAAAUAUGUAUACAAAAAGAAAUACGGUGGUAAAUGACAGCUUUUCUGAUAGUGACCGAAAGGAUGAAAGUGACUCUGACUACUGUUGUUCAAGGGAGAGAAUCCAAACAAAGAAAUAUUUAAAAAAUAAGAAAGCGUUUAGGAGGAGCGAUUGCGGAAGGUCUUCAAAUAAAAAUAAAAUUGAACUCGAAAAUGAGUCUAAAAGUGGCCAAAAUGCAAUAAAAAACCAAGAAAGCAAAGAUGCCCAAUCUGGUAAUAUAAAAUUAAGUAACAGUGAUAAAGAGGAUAGCUUUCAAACUAGAAGAACCGCCAUAAUAAGAAAACACAGCACAAAAGAAACGCUCGCACAUCCGACCAGGUACGAAUUGGAGGAAAAUUCAAACUCUCAGUGUGAGAGCGAGUCUGAUCUGAAGACAUCCCUUUCUAAUGAAGAAGGAAUGCUCCAACUAAAAAGGGGAAAGUCGACUCCGUCAUUGAGAAAAAUAUCAGCUCUGGAUUGUUCAUACGGAAGUUCCGACUCAGAGCUCUGCUUUCGAAAGGAUAAUAAUAAACAUUACGGUGACAGAGAUCCACAGAAAAUGUCUUCUGGCGAAGAUAUUGAAGAUAAACCACUAAGAAAAAUAUUUGACUCUAGCAACAGUCAAAACGAAGUUACUAAGAAUGAAUUAGGCAACAUGAUCCAUAGUAUAAGAGAGAUUUCAAGUUCUAAAUCAUUAGGUGGGUCAAACAUUGUUGCUACCAUGAGUGGACCUGAACAAAAUAUUAAAGUAACUGAAACUUUUGCUGAAGGUGUUAAAACAUCAAAACUAAAUAUGAAAUCAAUAAACGUUGGAGAAUUUCACAGAAUUCAAGAUAAAAAGUUGAAAUGUGCGACAGAUGAAGAGAGUAUCGCGGAAAAUCUCGUGAAAGAGGAUUGUGUUCUAAACUUAAAAAAAGUGGUUCAAUUACACAAUGAACAAACAAAUGAUAAUGUCAAAAAUAUGAAUGUGACAUCCAAACAUCUCACGUUUACUGAGCAUUUGAGCAAGGAAUAUGUUUUUGUCGAUGCUUACAGUAUGAUUACUAAUAGCUCAAAGUCUUUAACGUUGGAACAAUCCAGCUCAGUUCCGUUGACAAGAGAAGUGCCAAUGCUUAACUUACCCUAUCCUGAUAAAUUGGUAAAACGUGAUGUGCAAGAAACCGAUAAAAAAUUGCCUGAAAAAUAUCUUAAAUCGGCGACUAAAAUAUCAAGCGAAAGGAAUUUUAAUACACAAUCUUGUCCUACCUCUGAGAAUAGUAGUAUUCAGCAUUAUCAACAGGAACACCUUCAAGAUGACUAUAGCCAAUCUUUCAAAGUAACGUCGAAUAUGAAGGAAUCAGGAAGAACGAGGAAACCUCCUAUAAGAGCUCAAAGAUCGAUAGGAAAUAUUGAUUCUGAUUCGAAACAUUCUACAGAAAAAGGAACAUCUGUCUUUCAUCAACAGUCAAAAAAAAGUUCAUCUAGAAUUAUUACAGAAAAUAAUAGUGAAGCAUCAGACAAGGAUCCUUGUCCACAGUUGUCGAAGCAAGCUGAAGAUCGAAAACUUCACUUACAAAAAAUGCUAUCAAGAGGUGAAAGUGUUGGUACCAGCAGAGUGGCAAACCAAAUAAUGGAAAAAUGGAAUUCCACACAGAAGUCCAUUUCUCAGAGAAAAGAGAAAAUGCUUGCAUCUAUAAGAGAUACAAGACAUGUAGAACCGGGACGAACUCAUACUUCUCAAUCUAAAGAGAUUGCAAAGCGAUCUCCCAUGCCUGACAACAAAACUAGUCAGUUAUUAGGUCCUCAGGUUGAUUACCAAGUCAUUCAGAAUAACGAAGAUCGUUCGUCUCUCGAAGAAAACACAGAUAUUUCAGAUGUGGCUGCUCCGUUUCCCAUUAACGAAGAUCAACCGAUCGAAAAAAAUGAAUCGGUCAACGAAGAAGAUAACAGUUCAUUAUCAGAAAAGGAAGAGUUCGAAACAACGAUCGUAAUGCCUGGAUCUAGAAUACCUCAACCAUAUUCAUCUACUAACAUUUUAGAUCCCUCUGAUAGACACUUAGACGAAUCACUUUCGCCCUAUAUUAGUGAAGACACUCCAGAAAAACCAUUAUGUGAAACGCCAGACUCAGGGAUCAUUGGAAUGCCAUUGGAAAAUGAUUAUAGCUCGAGUAUAGCAAAUAAUAAAAUUUGUGGUGUUCCGACUGUUUCAGAUCUUGAUGAAGAGAUCCCUGAGAGAGAUUUACACGUUACUUUACCCAUAGAUUCAUUCAAAACUGAUAAAGCCUCUCCUGAAGCCUAUAUUAAUGCACGCAGCUCAAUUUCAGACGUGGAUAGUACUUACGGAUCGAUACGCAGUAAUGCGUCAAAUAAUGAAUCCAGUGUCUGUUCUCAUAUCCAUAGCCUGAAUGUUGAGGCUGUGCAUUCUAAUGAAAAUGCUAUGAUUACGCAAACUACUAUUCUAUCGAUACCAACUACGAGAAAAGUACAAGAAUCUGUUUCACCCAAAAGAAGGAAUGUAUUACCAAAAUCAGCCAGCUAUUCUAGAUCGACAUCUCAGGAGAGGUCAAUAUCAAGAAGAAGCAAAGCUUCCUCAUCUGGUAGUUCUAGACGAAGUGUCGAGCAUAGUAGGCCUCCUUCAAGAAAGCCCCAAAUGAUAGAUACUACAGAUGAAGACAGUGAUCAAGAAAUUAUUACUGGAUCUUCACCAUACCAUGCUGAUUGUUACAGUCGAAAUGCUAUAGAACCACUCAAGAAAGCUCCAACUUCAAGAAUGUAUUCAACAUUAAAUCAUACUCCACAUUCGGCUCAAGAAUCGAUAAAAACAGCAAUAAGAGACCUGGACGGUGUCAAUGAAGAUACCCGAAACAAUAGUGUGGGCUCUGACAGACCAAUGUCUAGCGGGCAGUGCUCUAGCCGCGGAAGAGGGUACCAAAGCUGUUCUUCAAGACCAACCUCCGGUAAGUCAAACAUUCCUAAAAUGUCACCUGGAUCAGUUAAAAUCCUCAAGGAGAAAUCGAGAAAUGCCCCUCAAAGAUGCUCUACACCAGUUAAUAUCAAUCUAAAAGAAAAUGUUAUGGAAAGUAGAAACACUAAAUUAAAUUCUCGGUACCAGGGUCCAAAACUACAGGAUUCUAAAGGAAAAUCAAGAUCACCGACUCCAAAUGAAAGAGUUGAUUUGACUCCUCCAGAAAGUGCAUUACGAGAAAGAGCUUCAAACGAAAUGAGGCUAGGAAUCAAGUCCAGAGUAACAGCGAGGCAUUUCAGCCCCCAAAACAAUGAGCCAUACACUGCAUGGCAACGUAGUUCAGGGACUGCAACACCUAGUGGUAGUGCGACUCCAGCUUCCAGAGGUGGCUGCAGAACUCCAGUCGGCGAGAGGACUCCUCUUGGUGUGAGAACUCCAGUCGGUGAGAGAACUCCUGUCAGAGGGAAAACUCCUGUCGAUGGUAAAACUCCAAUAAAUCCAAGGACACCAGUUGGUGUGAGGACUCCAGUCGGUAGUAAAACGCCGAUUAAUUGCAGAACUCCAAUUGGCUGCAGAACUCCAAUAGGCGACAAAACUCCAAUUUGCUGCAGAACUCCAAUUGGUAAUACAACUACAACUGAGUGCUCAUCUCCAGCUUAUAGCAGAUCGCCUAUUAGGAAUUUGAGCCCGGUUGUAGGAAGCAGAACUCCAAUUAGAAAUAGAACGCCUAAUCCUACUGAAAGAACAGGAGAACAGAAAACAGCUGCAGAGAAAAUUUUGUCUCCGCGAACUGAUGAAAAACUUCAUCAGCAAACGAGAAGUUUUUCUCGGAAAUAUAAUUGAAGAGAUAAAAGAAAGCCUGCCUUAAGUAUUUAAAAAAUAUGACGUCUGGAAGAUUUCCGAAGGUAAAUUUCCUAUGAUUUCUAAAAAGUGAAAGUAACAACAUAAAAACCUCAAUAACAAAUGUUUGUUCGUCUGUGUGCUGUUUUGUGAGUCCUGACACAUUAUAUGUAUAUCCAUAUGUUAUAAUAAAUUUCUUUAAAAUUUUAUCUUUUUUUUUUAAUGUAUAACAUAUGUUUGCUAAACAUUAAAACAUAUAUUUUUU